UCUCUCUCUGACCUUUUUUUUUUUUUGGUCCUGUUUUUCUCAUAAUCUUUUUACUUACUUUUUAAAGAUCUAACUCACAUUUAUAAUUGAGAAGAGAGAGAGCAAGAGAGAGCAGAAGAGGAUUGAUGCAGAUUGUUUUUGCAACCAUCAAUGGAUCAUAUUGGAAGACAUAGACAUGGAUCAUUUGUAAGACAAAUAUAAGCACUUGCUUUCUUUUGUUUUAAUUUUGAGCUGCCUUGGUAGCUAGCUAGCUAGCUGCAAUGGCUGGGAUGCUUCCUGGUGUGGAAUGCGCUCGAAGGAGACGAGUCCAUCAAAGCGGCGAGUCACCAGGCGUGGGCACACAUGGCUGGACCAGGCGCUCCUCUUUUUGUUUGUAUGCUAGCAACCAUGAAACUCACCAUACCUCCACCUUUUCCCUGCAAAGAAGCAUAUUGAACCAAUCAUACAUGGAUGAGAAACUGGGAGUGGAAGCCCGAGAAGCUAAAGGGAGAUUAGAUGAAAGACUCAGAACACAGAGAAAAUCAGAACCCAAUAAAAGGCAUAGUGUUCAUAGAGAAGAAGAGAGAUGUGUGGAUGGUGGAAGAUCUAUGUUUCUUCUCGGAGAAUUGCAGAAAGAAGUCUUUGGAACAAAGAAGAGCGGGUCAAAGAGGUUCAGCUGGGCCAAGUUGAGCUGGAAGGCCUCAGACCAAGAUGAGUGUGCUGUCUGCCUGGAAAUAUUCAGGCCUCGUGAGACCCUGGUGCACCUGCCCUGUGCACACAGGUUCCAUUCUGGCUGUAUGGUUCCAUGGCUACAGAACAAUGCCCAUUGCCCCUGUUGCAGAAUGGGGAUUGUCUCCCAGUAAAAAUCUCUUUUGUACUUUUGGUAAAAAUGGAAAUUGUAAUCUAGAUAAAGCUUUUCCAGUUAUAGUUAUAGAGUUGGUCUGAGCAAUUAGCUUGUAUCUAAUCUACCAUAUCUUAGUUUUUCUUUGGUUGAAGUGAAAAGUUGCCAAGUAGUCUUUGAUUCCCCAAUCAUGGUAAAUACUUAAAGUUAAUUAGAAGCUGCAA